AUGUCUCAUAUCGAAAUCACCCUUUAUUGCAAGAAGUCGCUUAUUAAGCGACAAAAUAAAACAAACAGAUCCAUUAAACUGCGAAAAAUAAAGAGUUGCAAGUAUAAGAUCGCGUCUGAAGGUGCAGAUAGCAUCCCAAAUCGAAGGCAGCACAUCAAGAUACCACCUAAUUAUCGCUGGCUGAUAAUGGAUACCAAAUGAAACAAAAGGAAACGUCAAAUCUAAGUACAUUGAUGAGAACUUGUUCGAAGCCAUUCACAGCAUAGGAAGCAGUGAAAAAAACCUUAUGAGGUUCCUCAAAGCUGAAAACUAAACAGAAAAAUUUCCCUGGCAAGAUAAAAGGGACAACCUACUGCGCUUGCAAAGGAGUAGGAAAGCGAAUUGAUUGGGAAAGAAAGUUGCUGCAAGCUAUGGAAAGUGACUGUAAUCCUACAAUAGGGAAAAUUAGAGGUGUCAUGCAGGUUGGUAGUGUUUAAGAAGAAGAAAGUGAACUAUAUACCGAGCGCAGUGAAAAGAAAAUUAGCAAGAGAGAAAUACGAAACUGAGGUUAACUACAAAAGAACUGCAACGUCUAGUGCUAUUACAGCAGUACCAUACAAGUAUUUUAUAACAAGAGUAUUAUAAAACGAAAUUAGAAAUGAUGCAGCGUCAGAAGCCACCUGUAACUUAUG